AUGGAUGAAGAACCACCAAUCGCCAGUCAAACGCCAAUUGAGUCGUUCUACCGGCCUCUUUUGAGACGCAGUUCAACAAAUAAUUACAAGUCCGAAUUGGAGGCUCACACUCAUAGACAGAACGACCUUCCGGAACAACAGCUCCAAAGACGCCAAUCUGAGGAGCUGAGCUUUGAAAGAAUGCGGUCCCAGGUUCACCGACACCAAUUGUUGCAUAAUGACGACGAUUCGGCCUCGGUGAUCUCGAGUCCCUCUUAUGAGACCAUUUCGGGGCAAAGAACAAGUUUGAGCCAGCCUGAUCCGCAAGUUUCCGAAUCCAAGCCCAGAAAGUCGGAUCAGUUUUUUGAGUCAAGGCCAGUUCCUGGGGUUGGAAGACGGCUGUCAUUCAAGUAUGACGACUACAAAAAACAGAUGUUGAACAAAAGCAUGGAGAGUAAACGAUCGGCUUGA